GCACGAGGGGGCAAAUGGAACGCAACAUUGUUUUUCACUAGUCACUCGAUUUCAUUGAUUCGCAACAUAACACAAACACAAAGAGAGCUUCGUUGUUCUAUUAUCUGAAAACCUUAAACGCUUGUCUCGCACAUUCUUUCGCUUAUUUUAUGGCCUAACUCUCACCUCGCUCUCUCUUCCCAAUAAUCCUAUCCAAUCACCAACAGCACAGUUGAAGUUAGAGAAAGGCAUUAAAUUUCAAUGUACUUGAGGAGAAUACAGUGCCGAGAUCGGAGAUGGGCUUUGUUGUUGCAACCAUCAAAAUACUUCUUUAGACCAAAGUUCUCUGAUCAUUCUUUGUUACCUAAGACCACGGUCAAAGAAUAUUCUUCACAUGGCGGUAUUAUCAGAAGAGAUGUUUUAGGUUCAGAUUCAUCUAGUCAUAUUUUGUCUAGACAUAGUUUUACUGGUCUGAACAAAAGACCUAGUUUUUGUCUUAGGAGUAGUCAAAUACGCACUUUCAGUUCUGAAAGUGAUGGAAGUGGUGCAAGUGAGAAUAAACAAGUACAUGUUAACGAUGGAGCUAAUUUUGAUAAGGGGAAGAGUCAGCUAGAUAAGUCUGGUCAAUAUGUUAAAUGCACCAAUUCGCAUGCCCGGCUUGGAGAAUUGGAUCAAGAGGAAUGGCUUACUAAUGAGAAGCUUGCUGUAGAAAGUAAAAAGAAAGAAUCGCAAUUUUUGACCAAAAAAGAUAGGUUUAAAAAUGAGUUUUUGAGAAGAAUUGUUCCGUGGGAGAAAAUAAACAUUUCAUGGGACACAUUUCCUUAUCAUAUCCAUGAGCAUACGAAAAAUCUUCUGACGGAAUGUGCUGCUUCCCAUUUGAGACAUAACAAGUUUGCUUCGUCUUAUGGCAUUCACCUUGCAUCUUCAAGUGGAAGAAUUUUGCUUCAGAGCAUUCCCGGCACCGAGCUCUAUCGCGAGAGAGUAGUUAGAGCUCUUGCACAAGAUUUACAAGUUCCGUUGUUGGUGCUUGACAGCAGCGUACUUGCUCCUUAUGAUAUUGAUGAUGAUCAAUCUUCAGACUCCGAGUCUGAUGAUGAUAAUGCAGAAUCUGGGGAAGAGGGUUCGGAGAAUGAGGAUGAUAAUGAUGCUAGUAAUGAAGAAGAGUGGAGCAGCACUGAAGCGAAGUCAGAUGCUAGUGAUAAUGAAGAUGAUGUCGUAGCAUCUGCUGAAGCUGCCCUUAAGAAAGUUAAAGAUGCUGUUAAGAAACUCAUCCCUUACAAUGUUGAAGAAUUGGAGAAGAUGGUCACUGGUGGAGAUACUAGAGAUGAUACUGCUGAGUCAUCAAAUUCUGAUGAUGCCACGUCUUCUGAUAAAUCUGGAUCUAAGCUAAGAAAAGGUGCCCGCGUGAAGUAUAUUGGGCCUUCAAUAGAAUUUUCAGAUGCCGAUGAUAGGAUUGCACUGGGGAAGAUACCGACAUCUGAUGGUCCAACUAGUGCUUAUAUUAUUAUACCUGAAAGGGAAAUAAGUUUAUCUAACGGUCAGAAAGGAGAGAUAUAUGAGGUUAAUGGAGACCGAGUUGCUGUCAUUUGGGAUAUUAAUGAAGAGAAGGCCAAUGAAAAUGAGGUGGAAAACCUUAACAACAGUCGUGCAAAACCAUCAGUUUAUUGGAUAAAUGUUAAGGACAUAGAGAAUGAUCUUGAUGCUCAAUCACAUGAUUGCUACAUAGCAGUGGAGGCUUUAUGUGAGGUUUUGAAUUCCAAAAGACCUCUUAUAGUGUAUUUUCCGGAUAGUUCACAGUGGUUGCAUAAAUCAGUUCCUAAGUCAAAUCGAAAUGAGUUUUUUCACAAGGUUGAGGAGAUGUUUGACCGUUUAUAUGGCCCUGUAGUAUUGAUUUGUGGCCAAAACAAAGUUCAUUCAGGAUCAAAGGAGAAGGAGAAGUUUACAAUGAUACUUCCAAACUUUGGACGUGUUGCUAAGCUGCCUCUUUCUUUGAAGCAUCUGACUGAUGGAUUCAAAGGGGGAAAGACAUCAGAAGAGGAUGAUAUUAACAAGCUCUUCUCUAAUGUUUUGAGUGUACAUCCACCAAAGGAGGAGAAUUUACAGACAGUAUUCAAAAAACAACUCGAGGAAGACAGGAAGAUUGUGAUAUCACGUAGUAAUUUGAAUGAACUACGAAAGGUUCUUGAAGAACAUCAGCUAUCGUGCACAGACCUCUUGCAUGUGAAUACUGAUGGCAUCGUUAUAACUAAGCAAAAAGCUGAGAAACUGGUAGGCUGGGCAAAAAAUCAUUACUUAUCAUCAUGCCUGCUUCCUUCUAUCAAAGGAGAAAGAUUGUGCAUACCUCGUGAAAGUCUUGAAAUUGCAAUCUCAAGGAUGAAAGGCAUGGAAACUAUGUCACGAAAAUCUUCUCAGAACCUCAAGAACCUUGCGAAGGAUGAAUUUGAGAGCAAUUUCGUUUCAGCUGUUGUAGCUCCUGGUGAAAUUGGGGUGAAGUUUGAUGACAUAGGCGCUCUUGAAGAUGUUAAGAAGGCACUUCAGGAACUUGUUAUUCUUCCAAUGAGAAGACCUGAGCUUUUCUCUCAUGGAAACUUGUUGCGGCCCUGCAAAGGAAUCUUACUUUUUGGUCCUCCUGGAACUGGGAAAACCCUUCUGGCGAAGGCACUUGCAACAGAAGCUGGUGCAAAUUUUAUCAGUGUAACUGGUUCAACCCUUACUUCAAAGUGGUUUGGAGAUGCUGAGAAACUAACGAAAGCGCUUUUCUCAUUUGCCAGCAAGCUUGCACCUGUCAUUAUAUUUGUUGAUGAAGUAGACAGUUUGCUUGGGGCUCGAGGUGGUGCUCAUGAGCAUGAGGCCACUAGAAGAAUGAGGAACGAGUUCAUGGCAGCGUGGGAUGGAUUGAGGUCAAAAGAAAAUCAAAGAAUUCUCAUUCUUGGUGCAACAAACCGUCCAUUUGACCUUGAUGAUGCUGUUAUUCGUCGUUUACCCAGAAGGAUAUAUGUUGAUUUACCAGAUGUGGAGAAUCGAAUGAAGAUUCUAAGAAUAUUUCUUGCAAAAGAAAAUCUGAAUCCUGAUUUUCAGUAUGACAAACUUGCUAGCUUGACUGAAGGAUACUCUGGCAGUGAUUUGAAGAACCUCUGUGUCGCUGCAGCAUAUAGACCUGUUCAAGAGCUCUUAGAGGAAGAAAAGAAGAGAGACAAUGAUACUACAACUUCUGUAUUAAGGCCCCUUAAUUUGGAUGAUUUCGUGCAAGCAAAAUCCAAGGUGGGUCCAUCUGUUGCCUAUGAUGCAACCAGCAUGAAUGAGUUAAGGAAGUGGAAUGAAAUGUACGGUGAAGGCGGUAGUAGAACAAAAUCACCAUUCGGAUUUGGGGACCGAUCUUGAAGGAAGGGUUCAUUAGUAACUUAUUACCAGUGCUUCUUAUAUUAUAGCAAAGCAAUUUACACAAGUCAACAUGGCAAAGGAGCUCUACAUAGAUUUUCACUUUACACUUUUAAAUGGCCUCUGCAUUUCACAGCUUCUGCCAAAUUAUUAUUUGGUAUCCUCUUUGGUGUAGUUUUUGGUAUAAGCAAUGUAUUCCCCUAAUUUAUUCAUAUGGUCCAAGGUGUACUUUCAUUCUGUUUUUGCACGGAAAUAUUGGGUAGUACAAGUAACAAUAUAUCUGUAAUGAAAUGUAGGUAGCCACUAAUUUUGUGUAGGAAUACAAGUUAACAAUAGGGGUAAUUUCCCCAACAAUUUUUUUAUGUUGGCAAUGUUUAAUAAUUAAAUAUUUUUAUAUGGUGUUCUGCCGUA